CAUUACUACUUCAUUUUCAAUAGAUUCAUUUGCUUUUGAUUAAUUUCAUAUGUGUUAUAUUUAUAUUUAAUAUUAUUUACAUUGCAGAAUGCAAGGGGAUUUUAUUUGAUUAAGGGUUGUUUCCUUUAAAUAUUUUGCAUAUAUUUUAACUGUUUCGGACGUAUAUUUUAUACGUCAUUUCCUGUGUGCUGGCGGGAGAGGAAUAAGUUUUGCGAGCGGCGCUGGAGUUGUAGACUGCAUGAAAAAUUAAGAGAAUAUCCAUAAGCAAGGAUUUUCAGACAUUCCCUCUUAGCUCACAAGCAGGCAAAAGUGUUCUACGGUGUUUACGUCAGUGCUAAGUGUGCUGUAAUUAAACAUCAGUGUGCAAGACGCUUGGAACUUCGCUUUGUGACUAAGAGCGGCAUAGUAGAACACUUCUCUGCUUCGGCGAAAGCUCCGAGAGCAAGUCCAGUGAAGCUACGCGCGAAGUGCAGAAGUCGGCGAGCGACCGAGAGAGAGAGACGCUGCACGCAAGUCAUGGGAAAUGCCACAUUUGGAGCGGUAACAUUUGAAUAAAUAAGCAAGCAGACAAGAGAAGGCAAAGCAAGAACCUUGAAUUUGGGUCUUGGAAGUAGCGCAAGUACUUGUAAACUGCAGCUAAGGUUUCAGUUGUGCCGUAUCUUAUUUGUGCUUAAAGGCAAAUGUGAAUAUUUACGUUGUCCGUAACUAGCAAACUAGUAAAGUAACCAUAAAUACCGUAUUUCUGAAUUAGGCAAUUUAAGGUUUUCGCGUGAAAUAUUUAAUCAUUCGUAUAACUUCAUGCAAGUGUGUCAUUUAUAUUAAUAUUGUUCUAAGGACAUGUUUAACAUUUUCCACUGUUUGACCUUUAUAGAAUUCAUUGUGAUUUUCAAGUAUUUAAUUCUAGCAUUUAUAAUUUGAUAUGUUUAUGUAAGGGUUUACCUAAGGCAAUUUAAGUUAUAUUUAUGCACUUAUUGAAAGCAACUAGCAACUUGAAAGGGGCACAUUUCAACUGAAUUCACGUAGUUAAGGUAUUUGUCGCAACACAUUUUAACAUGUCAACUACUAAGGAGGAAAUACUGCAGUCUAUUCAUCAAGUAAGCCUUGAAGGCCCUUCCGCAGAAGGUGGCGAUGCAGAGCACCUCGCCCUACGACAGCAGGCUGAACCCAGUAAAGAUACUGAAGAAGCUGCUCAAGACAGUCAGCACCAGUCAGAGACAGUUAACAUACAACAGAUUCCAGAUUUCAGGAGAAGCCAACGCAUACGUAAACUCACAGAAAAGGGAAAAGAGCUGCUAGAUGCCAAAUUAAAUGAUCUAAAAAGGGAUUUUGAAAGGAUGUAUGGAAGGUGGAAGUAUCACGUCAACGGUUUGAAAAGAUCCAUUAAGAACAAUGAUGAUGCAGAUUUGAUUAAUGAGGUUGCGAACAUGAUUAAUACCAUCCAGUCUGAUGUCGAUAAUAUUUAUGACAAAAUCAGAGAUAUUACAAGCCCAGAACCUGAAAUCCGAAGAAAAAAUGACACAUGUCAUGCGAUCACUAGGGUUGCCAACGAAAAGGUCCGAUGCUACCUCGAUGGAGUCUCUGACUUUGAAAUCUUAUCCUGGCCUGAUGCUGAGUCAGUGUUUGACACCACAGUGUCCAGUGUCAUCUCUGCAACUACCAGUAAGUCAAGGACUGGUUCUAAGGGGUCCAAGCAAUCUUUCUACAAGUUACUACAGAAAAAACAUCAAGCAGCGGCUGAUGUAGCAGCCACGCAAGAAAUAAUUAAAAUAAUGAAGACACAACAUCAGUAUGAGGAGGAAAUUCGAAAUCUUGAGGUGGAGGAGCAAAGGUUAAUGGCAGAGAGAGAAGUUGAAGAAAGGGAAAUUGAAGUGGAGAAGGCAAGAAAAAGAGCUCAAUUUAUCUCAGAAAGCACAGCUAGAAAAUUGAGGUUGGAAGAGAAAAGGAAAGAAGUUGAACAGUUGAAGGAAUUGAAAAGGCACAAUGUGGCACAAGCAAGGCUACAAGUAUAUGUCGAAAGCAUUAACGGUGAUGAGGAAGAAAGCUUACCACCUCCUCCCUCUCAGCAAAGCCAAGAGGUUUAUCCUACUCAACCAAAUUUACCAGUCUUUCUCCCUCAACCAGUUAUACCCACCCAAGCUUCUUCCCUGCAUCCUCCUAUGUUCACCUCAGUUUCUUCUCCACAACGAAACAGGUUUUUAGAAACUCCAACCCCACCAUCCGCCACGUUUGCUACCUCUCAUGAAUCUUCUAACGACCUCGUCUACAAGCUCUAG